UGUUGUGAUUUACAACGAAUCUACAAGCAACUGUAGCGGGACUCCUUUUGAUUUAAAAGUAAAUUAGUUAACAAUUAUAUUAGUGAUAAAAUAUUAGUUAUAUCAAUGGAAACCGUUCCGAAAGACUUACGAGGGUUGAGAGCAUGUUUGGUUUGUUCUUUGAUUAAAACGUUUGAUCAAUUCGAAUUCGACGGUUGCGAUAAUUGCGACGAAUUUUUACGAAUGAAAAAUAACAAAGAUAAUGUCUUUGACUGCACAAGUUCCAAUUUCGAUGGUAUGAUUGCUGCAAUGAGUCCAGAGGAUAGUUGGGUUUCCAAAUGGCAAAGAAUAAAUCGAUUUUGCAAGGGUGUAUACGCGAUAUCGGUGUCAGGGCGAUUACCAGCAGGUGUUAUAAGAGAGAUGAAAAGCAGAGGAAUAGUAUAUAGACCACGCGAUACGAGUCAACGAUAAUUUUGAACUUGUAAAUGUAAGAUCACUACUAUAUUUUACUGUAAUGUUAUAUAAUAGAAUAAUAUUUUUAUUUUAAUCUCGCUUCA